GUACUAGGAUAAUCAUAACAUGGACCCUUGUUUUUCCUCUUCACAGAAAUAGUUGUCGUUUUAACUAAACUCCGACAGAAAUAGUUGUCGUUUAAACUAAACGACACAAAAACAAUCCUUACAGCUGAGUAGUCUUCUCAAUAGAAUAAUAAAGUGAGAUUUUCUGAGAAGUUUACAAAGUCAACCAAGUCAAACCAUAAUAAUCACACUCUUGUUGUUCCUUCUUUCUCCAAAAUCCAUAUAAAUAUACAUAUAUAAAUCCAAACACUCCGAUUCUUCGUUACCACCAUUAACCCAAACACUCUUAGUCUUACAAUCACCAUUAAUCCAUGGCUGAUUCUUCUUCUUCUUCCUCAUCCGAAACCAACCUCACAACGGCCAAGACAUUUCUGUCCACGGCGGCCUCAGUGGCCGCGACGGCAAUGCUUGUACGGACACUAGUCAACGAUUUCAUGCCCGAUGAAUUCCAAGACCUAUUGUUCUCUGGCAUAAGGAAUUUCUUCAAUCGGUUUUCGUCGCAGAUGACUAUGGUGCUCGACGAGUUCGAUGGUCUGGUCAACAAUCAAAUCUACGAAGCAGCGGAGGUUUAUUUAGGUGGGAAAGUCUCACCAUCGACGCAGAGACUCAAAGUGAGUAAACCAGAGAAGGAGAAGAACUUCACUAUCGCCAUGGAAAGAGGCGAAACCAUUGUUGAUUUCUUUAAUGGCGUUAAAUUUACUUGGAUUUUGGUCUGUAGACAAGUCGAAUCGAAAAAUUUCCAUAACCCUCGAGAUCUGAAUUCCACUCUCAGAUCGGAAGUUCGAUCGUUUGAAUUGAGCUUUCAUAAGAGAAAUCUUGAUUUGGUUCUUAAUUCUUAUUUGCCUCACAUUUUGGCUGAAUCGAAAUCAGCCAAACAGGAGAAGAAAACCCUCAAGAUCUUCACCGUUGACUACGAGAAUAUCUACUGUAACAUCGCCGAUGCUUGGAUGCCGACGAAUCUCGAUCAUCCGGCGACGUUUGAGACUCUGGCUCUUGAUUCGGAGAUCAAGAACUUCAUUCUUGAUGAUCUUGAGAAAUUCGUGAGAAGAAAGGAUUAUUACAGAAAAGUUGGGAAAGCUUGGAAGAGAGGCUACCUAUUGUACGGACCGCCUGGGACUGGAAAAUCGAGCUUGAUUGCGGCCAUGGCUAACUAUUUGAAUUUUGAUGUUUAUGAUUUGGAACUUUCUGAGCUUCAGGUUAAUUCGGAUCUUAGGAAAUUGCUUAUUGCAAUGGCGAACAGGUCCAUAUUGGUGGUUGAAGAUAUCGAUUGCUCUGUCAAUUUUGAAGAUCGGAACAAGACUGUGGCAGAGUCUUCAAGUACUUCUCCAACUGGGUCUACUGAGAAAAAGGUGACUCUGUCUGGUUUGUUGAAUUUCAUAGACGGUUUGUGGUCAAGCUGCGGCGACGAGCGCAUCAUAAUAUUCACUACCAACCACAAAGAGCGACUUGACCCGGCCUUGCUGAGGCCAGGUCGAAUGGACGUUCAUGUCCACAUGUCUUACUGCACCCCAGGUGGGUUCAAAUUGCUUGCCUCGAACUACCUCGGGAUCAAACACCAUUUUUUGUUCGAGGAGAUCGAGCAGCAACUUGAAUCUGCUGAAGUUACACCUGCAGAAGUGGCUGAGGAGCUCAUAAAAAGUGACGACCCUGAAGUUGCCUUGAAAGGUCUUGUUGGGUUUCUCAAAGUGAAGAAGAAGGAAAGUGAAGAAGCUAAGCUGAAGAAGGAAAAAGAUGAAGAGGAAAAAAAAGGUAUUAGUGGUAAGAAAGAUUCGGAAGCUAAGGAAUUAGAGAAUGGUAAAGUAGUUAAGGGUGAAGAAGGAGAUUUAAGUGAAGAGCUUGUAAAGGGUGGCCAACUUGAAGUUGCCUUACAAGGUAUUGUUGAUUUGCUCAAAGUGAGAAAGAAGGUAGUGAAGAAGGAAAAACCAAGAGAAGACGCUUGUAAGGAGAAUGGGAAAGCCAAUGAUGUUGAAAGUGAUGAAGAAGUGUGAAGAGUUGUUGAUAUAGGACUAUGGUAUAAGGUGAUGAUGAUAAUGUCGAAAAAAGUAAGAAUUUUACAUAAAGUAAGAAUCUUUUUUCAUAACUACCUAGGAAAUAAACACAUUGAUCUGCAAUGAUGCUCUUUAAUAUAGUAUGUAUUAGAGCCCCCAAUACUAUAUAAGCAUAUGUAUGUACUAUAUUAGUCGACAUUUUAUGUUUGAAUAUUAAUGAUGCCUAACACAAAUUACUCUAAAA